CAUUCUUUGCAUCAAUAUCACCCACCCUUCUCAUAAGUCAUAAGUCAUAACCAAAUACCAUUACAUUAAUCAGUUUUCUAUUAUAUAUGGCCUUUUCAAUAUUUGCAUCGUUAGUAAUAGGUGCGAUUAGCUGUUUUGUGAUUGCCUCGGCUGGCAAUUUCUACCAAGAUUUUGAAAUAACGUGGGGAGAUGGCCGCGCUAAGAUACUCAACAAUGCUGACCUUCUUACUCUCUCUCUUGACAAAGCCUCUGGCUCGGGCUUUCAGUCCAAAAACGAAUACCUUUUUGGCAAAAUUGAUAUGCAACUCAAACUAGUCCCUGGCAACUCUGCUGGCACUGUUACAGCCUACUAUCUAUCUUCAAAAGGAGCAACAUGGGAUGAGAUUGACUUUGAAUUCUUGGGCAAUUUGAGUGGUGAUCCAUACAUCCUUCACACCAACGUGUUUAGCCAAGGCAAGGGUAAUAGGGAGCAACAAUUCUACCUCUGG